AUGAACUCCAAAGAUCACUGUGUGAAACUAAAUGAUGGUCACUUCAUUCCUGUGCUGGGUUUUGGCACUGCUUUACGAAAAAUGACCCUCAAGAGUGAGGCUUUGAAGGCCACCCAGUUAGCUAUAGAUGCUGGGUUCCGCCACAUUGAUACUGCUGAUGUGUACCAAAAUGAGGAGCAGAUAGGACUGGCUAUCCAAAGCAAGAUUGCAGAUGGUGUUAUAGAAAGAGCAGACAUAUUCCUAACUUCAAAGCUUUGGUGCACUUGCCUGAGACCAGAACUGGUCAGACCCACCUUGGAAAGGUCACUAAAAAGGCUUCAAGUGGAUUAUAUUGAUCUCUAUCUUAUUCAUCACCCAGUUGCGAUGAAGCCAGGAGAAGAAUAUUUCCCAUUGGAUGAGCAUGGAAAAUUGGCAUUUGAUACAGUGGAUCUCUGUGCCACAUGGGAGGCCCUGGAAAAGUGUAAGGAUUUAGGAUUAGCCAAAUCCAUUGGAGUGUCCAACUUUAGCAGAGGGCAGCUGGAGAUGAUUCUGAACAAGCCAGGACUUAGGCAUAAGCCUGUCUGUAACCAGGUCGAAUGCCAUCUUUAUCUCAAUCAGAGCGAACUAUUAGAUUUCUGCAAGUCAAAAGAUGUUGUUCUGGUUGCAUAUGGUGCUCUGGGAACCCAAAGAAACAAAAAUUGGGUAGAUAAGAAUGCCCCAUUUCUAUUGGAUGAUCCAGUUCUUUGUGCCAUGGCAAAAAAGUACAAGCGAACUGCAGCCCUGAUAUCCCUCCGCUACCUGCUUCAACGUGGGACUGUGGUCCUGGCCAAGAGUUUCAAUGAGGAGCGGAUCAAAGAGAACCUGCAGGUUUUUGACUUCCAGUUGGCUUCUGAAGACAUGAAAGUCCUAGAUGGUCUGAACAAAAACUUCCGAUACAUUUCUUUUGCCUUGUUUCAUGACCACCCUAAUAAUCCAUUUCGUGAUGAAUAA